UGGCCUCGCACGUGGGUGGCCGGAUUGCAAGGGCUGGCGGGCGGCCAAGUGCCAAUUUGUGCGAGGCAGCUUGUCGUCGAGGCACUGCUGGGGAGAGGCCAAUGGGGUGCGCGGGCGCGAGCAAGGCGUGGCUGGAUGCGGUUAGUGGGGUGCUGAUCUGCGCUAUUGUGAGGUGCCAGAUCUUGGGACUUGGGGGAGUGGUUCGAGGAUAAUGGGUUUAUUUCGGGGUGCUACAAGUAGUAGAUAUGUUGGUGCGAGCCGGGGAGUCAGGGAAGACGCCUGCUGUACGUUGACAUUUACGACUUUACGCCAGCCUUGCCCUUUGAUAGAGCUCGAAUACACGUAUUCUUUGUGCUUGAGUUGAUAUCAGACACUCGAAAUGACUUCGACGACAACUGAUCCCACGGUCCCGCUUCCCACUGCAACGGAUAUCGACGACGACGACGAUGAUGAUGACGUUGUGCCGCCGCCAGCUGCGACACCACCUCCAGCUCAGACAACCCUUCCUCCUGCUUCGGCUCCUCCUCCCGCAGAGACGGCCCCUGCAGUUUCAACACCACCCGUUCCUGGUAGUGCAUCGGGUUCCGGAACCCCCGGUAUUUCAAAUAGCAUCGCUUCAUCCACAGCAACAGGGGGCCUCCCCAGUGGUUCACCAUCUAGUCUCAACCCCCCGAACGACACCAAUGGCGGUGGUAGUGGACUGAGCACCGGUGCAUCGGCAGGCAUCGGAAUUGGUGUAGCCUUGAUCGUGUGUCUUGCCGCAUUCGGCAUGUGGUUCUUCCUGCGCCGUCGCAAAGCGCGUCGGACAAAGACACGCUCAACGUCCAUCAACAGCUCAGACGAAGAGCACGGUUCCAAGGCACAAAGGCAAAAGUCCGAGAUCUAUGCGUAUCGCGCGGGCGCGCCGGCGGAGGUCUCAGGCGACGAGAAGCCGAGGCGUUGGAGCGAGUUGGAGAGUCCGACCUAUGUGGCAGAGGCAAGUGACGGACAAGUGUUCCGUGCUGAGCUGCCGGGAUCUGUGGUACCUGUUCUUGCGGCGGGGAAGGGGAUGGAUGAGAGGCUAUUCGCGGACGCUCCGAUUGAUGAGGUUGAUGAGCCGGUCGAUAGCCAGGAGAGAACUGUGGAUAAGAAGAGGGACGAACGCUUGUUUUCUGAUCCGCCUAUCGACGAGGGGACCAAUACCCUGAUUGAUCAUCCAUCGCCAACGCCCAGGGAGAAGAAGGGUUGAAUACGAGGCUGCCGACUUGGGUCUUCUGUAACGUUGUGGUGCCCUAUAGGGCUAUAUAUACUUCAAGCUGGCGCAUAACCGGCAGCGGCGUU